AGAGAUUGAACUAUAGCCAUCCAGAACUUGAAAAACGAAAAAAUUUUGGAAAAAAAAUGUCUGCCUGGUCCAAAGAGAUAUUAGCUGGUGUUGAUACAUUCCACAUCAAUGGGUGCCCGGGUCAGAUAGCAAUUUUUGGGACCCAUGCCGAAGCAAUCAUAAUGGGGGCCGACAAACAUGACGUCAUUUUAGCUGUGGCCCAGUAUAACAAUGGACGGAUUGCCGUAUUUUCUCACGAUAGUUACGGUUACGAGAUUUGUCAGUUAGGUGGCAAUGAUCCUAAUCGUAAUGGUGGUGACAAUGAUGAUGGUUCUAAUAGUGGUGAUAGUAGUAGUGAAGAUGGGGAGGAAUGUGAGAAUGAUGAAAAUGUAAAUUUAGUUUUGCACAAAAAUUUACGAAAAUGGCUAACCUUCGAUAAGAAACCGGAUAACGAAUUGAAAAUUCUGGAAGUAGCUGACAUUUCUGAAGACAUUGAUUUCGAGAAGUUGAUGACGUAUGAUAUUGUGGUUUGCUAUUGCCCUGAAGAAAAAUGCCCAUCCAACCUUAUUGAAGAGUAUCUCAAAGCCGGGGGGGCCCUUGUCCACGCCACCACACCCUGGGGCUUCAUUCAACUAAACCCCAAUAUGACCAUCAUUGAUUUUCCUUAUCUCAGAAUUUUGCACGCUGCCGGCAUUACGUUGUUAGGGGGAGUAGCUGAACUUGGUGGAAGAAAAUGUUUGCCAACCAAUAAUGCAAAAUUGAAUGAGGCUCGAUUGACAUUUUCCUUCCAUGACCAAGAUGAUAUCGUUAGGUUUUUAGAAAAUACACAUCAGCUGGCAAAAUUAAACAAAAAUAAGUGUUUUGAUCAGUGCGAGCAAAAUGAUUUAGUGUGUAAUUUGUGGCCACGCGUCUGUGAAUCAGUUGAAAAAAUGUGUCCAUCAAAUGGGAUUAAAUCUGAAAACAUAUUUCAAAAACUCAUCUUGGACACCUGGAAUAAUAUUGUUUGUAUGAGAAACGAAUGCUGCAAAGCUCCAGGUAUAAAAGUCUUCCCCGGAGAUUUCGAAGACCUUCCGCCUUUGAUUGACAAGGAGGUUCAUUUUGAAUCGAAGUUCGAAGAGGUGCAUGUCACGUCGUGUUACGUUCCGGCUGGCAGGGAGGUGACAGUUGAGGUGAAACGCCUCGUGAAUAAUUGGAAAAUUUUAAUCGGUGCUCACACAGAUUGUUUAGAUUUAGUGAAAGUAAACAGGUGGCCAGUCAUCUGCAAAAAGAUUGAUCUACUUCAAAGUGGAAGUGUUACAUUUUCUAGUCCUUACGGAGGGUGUUUGUAUUUCAUGAGCUCGAAUAGAGGUGACGGGGUUAUUGACGCCACUGUUCGGAACGUUGUACCCUGUCCGGAGUUUGAUCUUUCAGAUCCGGCGACAGCAAAGAAUUGGAGUGAGAGAAAUAAUUGUCCUGGUUUGUGGGCCAAUUUAUCCGGUAAACACGUCAUUUUCACUUUUCCGAGAGCAAGUAUCUUAAAGUUAGAUGACCCGACAAACAUUUUGAAGAUGUUUGAUGAGUUGAUAGGACACUAUCACAACCUGCGUCAGACAGAUGUGAACGAUUACAGAAAGAUUUGGAUAGUAGCUGACAAACAGCCAGUGGCAGGCUACAUGCACGCUGGCUAUCCCAUCGUAACCCAUCUCGAUGUUGCUAAUGACAAUGAGGAAUGUUUCCUCCUGAAGGAAUCUAGCUUCAAGAAGGGUUUAUUUUGGGGUAUAUUUCACGAGAUCGGUCACAACAUGCAGCUGCCUGAAUGGACUUUCGAAGGGACGGGAGAAGUGACGUGCAACAUAUUCACGCUCUACGGAAUGCAGAUGAUGUGUGGCAUCGAUCCUUGGAUACACCCCUGGCUUAAAGACAACUUACCGAGAGCUUUGAAGUAUUUGAAUGAAGUGGAGCCAUCUUUCGAGGAAUGGAAGUCUUGUCCUGAAGUGGGACUAUUUGUAUUCGCUCAACUUAUCAAGUAUUUUGGAUGGGAUAUGCUGAAGAAAUUAUUUGCCUCAUUUAAAAGUUACAGACCUAAAUUAAAUUCAGAACAGGAUAAAAUCGAUAGGUGGUUCCUUAUAUCUUCUGAAUUAUCCGGUUUUAAUUUGGCUCCUUUGGCUUAUCUGUGGGCGAUUCCUUUGUCGGUUGGUGCGAGAGAUGUGAUGGCGAAACAACCGAUUUUCCAGUUUCCUGAGAAAGAUCCGUUGUUGGAUUUGGUGCCGGGAAGGGUGAAUCAUGUCAAGAAUUAUUUUCUCAAAUAGGACUUUGAUUUAAAAAUAUUCAUUUUAAAAUAUGUAUCCGUAUUCAUCUACGUUUUUCAGAAUUUUUCCACAGUGUCAUAUUUUUCACAAUUUUUCACCAUUUUUCAUCAUUUUAUCCCCCUCACAUGAUCGCGUAUUUUUGAUUUUUUUAACUCCAACCUUUACCAGAAUUGUUUCUGUCACGUGUAUCAUAUCCAUUAGGUUUUUGUCUAAUCACACGUACAACAUGCACCAUCACGUACACAACAACAACACACAACACGUACACAAUGAAUAAACCUAAUUAAACGAAUUUUUACAUAAUCAAACAAAUUUAAAUUUUCUGACGGAGGCUUGGUGCGUGUAAUAACGAUCUUUCAUUUGAUGUCGGAAUUCUUUAAAAGGAAUUUUAUUAUUUUGGGCUUUUAGAUGCUUUUUUAUGAAAAAAAAAUAGAGAAAGUCUAAAAGUUA